UCACAGCGGACUUGCCUGGGAUAGUGUUAGAGAGAGAGAGAGAGAGAGAGAGAGAGAGAGAGACUGACUCACGUGGACAUAAACAGACGGAGAAACAAACAGACGAGGCUCUCCAGGAGGCCCGGGGGCCCGCUCUGUCUAUCGCUCCCCACCCCCAGCGGCACCGCCACUUCAAUGCCCGGCAGGUCGCGGGCUGCUGCUCUUUCGAAGGCGGCGGAGGACCAAGGGCGCCCCGCGCCACCGCUGACUCGGACCGGCGCCGACGCCUGACCCGCGCCCUUGGGCACCGACUCGGGUGCGCCCGGCGCUUCCCUGUGCGCUCCAGUCCGUUUCAGGCCCGCGAGGGGCAGCCCCGGCCAGGAUGGCCCCGGGCCGGGCGGUGGCUGGGCUCUUGCUCCUGGCGGCCGCCGGCCUCGGAGGGGAGGCGGCGGGGCCCGCGCUCGCCUUCAGCGAGGAUGUGCUGAGCGUGUUCGGCGCGAACCUGAGCCUGUCGGCGGCGCAGCUCGGGCGCUUGUUGGAGCAGCUGGGAGCCGCCCCUGUGGAGGGCGACCCCGAGCCCGGGCAGCUGCACUUCAACCAGUGUUUAUCGGCGGAAGAGAUCUUUUCCCUUCAUGGAUUUUCAAAUGCUACACAAAUCACCAGCUCAGACUUCUCUGUCAUCUGUCCAGCAGUCUUACAGCAAUUGAACUUUCACCCUUGCGAUGAUCGGCCCAAACACAAAACAAAACCAAGUCUUUCAGAGGUUUGGGGAUAUGGCUUCCUGUCAGUGACAGUUAUUAAUCUGGCAUCUCUCCUCGGACUGAUUUUGACUCCGUUGAUAAAGAAAUCUUACUUCCCUAAGAUUUUGACCUAUUUUGUGGGGCUGGCUAUUGGGACUCUAUUUUCAAAUGCAAUUUUCCAACUUAUACCAGAGGCAUUUGGAUUCAAUCCCAAAAUUGACAACUAUGUUGAGAAGGCAGUUGCCGUGUUUGGUGGAUUUUACAUACUUUUCUUUUUUGAAAGAACGCUUAAGAUGUUAUUGAAGACGUAUGGUCAGGAUGGUCAUACCCACUUUGGAAAUGAUGACUUUGGUUCUUCUCGAGAAAAAACUCAUCAACCUAAAACGUUACCUGCCAUCAAUGGUGUGACAUGUUAUGCAAAUCCAGCUGUCACAGAGCCUAAUGGACACAUCCAUUUUGAUAACGUCAGUGUGGUAUCCCUACAGGAUGGAAAAAAAGAGUCAAGCUCAUGUACCUGUAUGAAGGGGCCGAAGCUCUCAGAAAUAGGGACCAUUGCCUGGAUGAUAACGCUCAGUGAUGCCCUCCACAAUUUCAUCGACGGCCUGGCCAUCGGGGCCUCCUGCACCUUGUCUCUUCUGCAGGGACUCAGCACUUCGAUCGCCAUCCUGUGCGAGGAGUUCCCUCAUGAGUUAGGGGACUUUGUGAUCCUACUCAAUGCAGGAAUGAGUACUCGACAAGCCUUGUUAUUCAAUUUCCUUUCUGCGUGUUCCUGCUAUGUUGGGCUAGCUUUUGGCAUCUUGGUGGGCAAUAAUUUUGCUCCAAAUAUUAUAUUUGCCCUUGCUGGAGGCAUGUUCCUCUAUAUUUCUCUGGCGGAUAUGUUUCCAGAGAUGAAUGAUAUGCUGAGAGAAAAGGUAACUGGAAGAAAAACCGAUUUCACCUUCUUCAUGAUUCAGAAUGCUGGGGUAUUAACUGGAUUCACAGCCAUUCUGCUCAUUACUUUGUAUGCAGGAGAAAUUGAAUUGGAGUAAUGGGAAGUGAAAGAUGGUGGUGUUAACGAAGGCAUUUAAUAAAUAAAACAGCUCCUAUUUGGUUAAAAGAUAAUUUUGUUUUCAGCUGUAGGUCAAGAAAGCUGAUUGUUGGUUUUCUGAUCUGUGACAUAGGCCAUUAUUUGUUGUUAAAAAUCCUUCAAAAAGCUUUUCAGUUCCAGCCUGAGAAGCCUGAUACAUGAGGUAUUUGUUAAAUACUCACUUUUUUUUAUGUUUCAUGCACACUAAAAAUCAUCACAGAGCAAGAAACGACGCAUUCUAUAAUCAUUUUGACACCAAGACUUGGAGAAAAAUACAGACUAGGCCAUAUAAGCCUUUGAACCUCUAUGGUUGUAUCAAAUGUUCAAGUAGUUUCAGAGUGGUUUUCUUUGAAUUAAUUUGUUUUAGUGCUUUCACAAGCAAGUACACAGAUACAAAUGAUUCCAAGGCCUUAGUGAACCCAGGAGAGAAAGAUUGCUCAUAACUUUUGUUUUGUUUUAUAUUUCACUUACGGACUUCUAGGAUUGUUUUGGAAACCAUCCUGAAAUAAUAUGAAUUUUGAAAUCAGUAAAGUUUUGUUAGCCCUACUAAGUCCAGACUCAGUGUAAACUCCACCAGAUUCCGUAAAAAGCCAGAAUUGCUUUCUUAUGACUUACGUUAUGGUUGUACCAUGGCAAACGGCAGAACAGUAUGUAAAGCUGGUGACAACAACGUUUCAGUAUCCAAUGUGUUUGCUUGUGAAGGUGAAGAAAAUGUUUGUUUACAGAAAGAAAUUGAAUGUAAUUUUAAGCAAUUUACUUUUAAAGAUGAACACAACUAUUUAGCAGAGGAUAUUUGAAGUAAAUGCGAAAUAACAGCUGGACGGCUGUAUGCCAAAGACUGAUUGGCUAGGAAAUCUAUGUUCCUUAUGGGUGAUUGAGAGACAUUCAGAAAAUACUUCUUUUGUGUUCAGCCUACAUUUUUCCUAUAUUGUAUACCUUGCAAAAUAAUUCCACACACCAUGGUUAUUUUUCUACCCUUUAUAAAAGGUAGAGCCUGUUUAUUCAUUUAGGAGAUACAAAAAGUUGGUCUAUAAUUGAAACUUCUAACCCCAAUUCACACUCCCAAGUCGUUUAAGGAAAGAUGAUUUGACAGUGAGGAAAAUGAUUGAAAGAAGCCAACAAUGAUCUCAGGAAUUAUAUUUUUCUACAGACCAUAAAAUGAUGUCACAUAGCAAUAAUGCAGAUGGGAUGAAUAUUUAACAUGUAUGUUAAUGUACAUUUCACUCUAUGACUGACAAUUAAAGAAUAUUGUUUGACCAAACAGUAAACACCAUUGAAUCCAUGUAUUGUGUCAUUCGUUAUUCAUUUUAAUAUGUAUUAUUUGUGUGACUUCCAUGUACUUGGUAU